GGCGCCACAGCCGCGUCCCCCAGCUCCGGGAAGCGCCACAACCGAGCCGCGGGCGGGCUCAGCCCCCGCUGUCCCGAGGGGCGGCUCCGCAGAGGGCCCACGGCGGCUGCCGCGGCGCCCACCCGGCACUCGAACCCAACUCGGCCCCGCCGCCCGCGGGCAGCCCCGGGGAGGGGAGUGAGCGGCGCCCCGCCCGCGCGGCGAACGCCGCCCUGCCAUUGGCUGUACCGCCGGGGUAGUCGCUCAGGGGAGUUUUGAUUGGCUUGCGGCGGGCUAGCUGCCCGCUGAUUGGCUGCGGUGGCGGCGGGGGAUUCGUGACGGUGUGAGGGCACUGUGGCGGCCCUGCGCUCUGCCCGUCCGUGUGUCUGUCCGUGUGUCCGUCCGCGCCUCGCUCCCCCCGGCCGGUGCCGAGUCCGUGGGACACCCCUGGCUGCCCCGUGACCCUCUCCCGGUGUUUCGCUCUCCCCUGUGCCUCAUCAGUGGAGCGGCUUCCUGUGAGCGGAGGGUGCGCAAUGGUUUGGAGCCCUUCAGUCAAAGGUCGUCGUAAUCAUGAUUGAUUUCACCACUUUAAUCACAGAUCAUUACAGGAUGUGCUGCUUGUUGCUGUGCUGUGUUAGGAGAUGGAUUGGGACCAGUUUGAUUUGAACCCUAAAACAAUUGCUGCCCUGAAAAAAGCUGAUAUAAAAUCAGUAAAAGAGAUUUUAAACCUCUCUGGAGCAGACUUGCAGAGACUGAUGAAGCUCUCCAGUGCAGACAUCCAGUGCCUGCUGAAAACAGUCUCUCGCACGCUGAGGGAGAACAGCAUGCUCACAGCACUUCAGCUCUACCAAGACAAAGAUCAUCUCACCUCCCAACACCAGAAGCUGAGCCUGGGAUGUUCAGUGCUAGACAACUUAUUAAGAGGUGGCAUUCCUUUGGUGGGAAUCACAGAGCUUUCUGGGGAAAGUUCUGCUGGGAAGACUCAGAUCAGUUUACAGCUGUGCCUGUGUGUGCAGUAUCCUUACAAGUACGGUGGAUUAGAGUCCGGAGCUGUCUACAUUUGUACAGAAGAUGUGUUCCCAAGCAAACGCUUGCAGCAGCUCAUAGAUCAGCAGCAUAAGCUGCGUGCAGAUGUUCCAGCUGAAGUCAUACAGAAGAUCAGAUUUGGAAACAGUAUUUUUGUUGAGCGGGCAGCAGACCUGGACACCUUCCAGCAGUGCAUCACGAGGAGGCUGUCCCUGCUGCUGGCUCGGGGCAUGGUGCGGCUCGUGGUCAUCGACUCCCUGGCCGCCCUGUUCCGCUGCGAGUUCGGCCCUUCCGAGUCUGCACUGAAGGCUCGGUAUUUGCAGACCUUUGGGGCACAGCUUCACAGCUUGAGCACUAGGUUCAGGACUCCCAUCAUGUGCAUUAAUCAGGUGACGGAUGCAGUGAGUGAGUUGGAAGCUGCUCAGUGCAGUUGCAGGGCAGUGGGUAACAGAGUCACUCCAGCACUUGGAAUAACCUGGUCCAAUCAGCUGCUGAUGAGACUGAUGGUCAGCCGGGUCUCCCUGCCUGGACACUCAUCUGGAGUAGCAUCACACUGCACUGGAAGCAUGAGGACUUUAAGUGUAGUUUUUGCUCCUCAUCUCCCUCCAUCCUUUUGCUACUAUGCAGUACAGCUGGAAGGUGUAAAAGGAAUAAAAUAACUCUCUUGCAUUAAUAAAGCAUCUUGCUCCACAAUUGUAUCAGAACUUGGCAGAAGAUUUCUCAAGGGACAACAGAGUAUGACUCAAGGAAAAGAGACCCUGUGUGACUGCCUUGGGAGGUUCCAGAGGAGAAGAGGCACAGCUUGAAGCUGAAGGAAGGAGACUAAACAAGCAGAAAGGAUGAGUUACUCUCCAUGCCUUCUGCAACCCCUUCAGAUGUCGUAAGGGACCUUGUGCAAAUAGCACAAGUUGUGUUUAAACAAAAAUAAAUUUCCCUAAAAUGUCUUAAUUCCCUGUAUUUGGAAAUGACUGCACAGUGUUUUUUAAUAAAAUCCAAACAAGAAGCUUA